AUAAAGGAAUUCCUCGCUGUCUUUAUAUACACAACUAGAAAACUAAUCAAGUCCAUCAAGGUUCUACUCCAUCAAGGUCCUCGGCCCACCCAUCAACAGCAAUAUCCGAUUAAUCAACCAACACCAACUACACACCACUUCAAGUCUAAUCCACCAUGGCCCCUUCUCUUCACCCAUUGAUCGACAACGGUCUCACCAAGGGAGACCCCAACUUCGCCGGUGGAAAGCUCCGUUGCCAUUGCAAGAGUAACCCCGUGGAAGUCACACUCGGAGGCAACGUUGCCCACAACCACGCUUGCGGAUGCUCAAAGUGCUGGAAGCCCGCCGGCGCCCUUUUCUCAGUUGUCGGUGUUAUUUCAAGAGACCAAGUCAAGGUCACUGCCAACGAAAGCAAGCUCCACGUUGUCGACGACUCGGCAGUCAUUCUCCGAAACGCCUGCAAGGAGUGCGGGGUUCAUUUGUACGGACGCAUCGAAAAGGCGCACCCCUUCAAGGGUCUGGACUUUGUGCACGCGGAGCUCUCGGAUGAGAAGGGAUGGCAGGAGCCCCAAUUCGCCGCCUUUGUUUCUUCCAUCAUUGAGCAAGGCUUCCACCCCAACGGUAUCGAUGAGGUCCGCAACAAGUUCAAGUCUGUUGGUUUGGAGACGUACGACGCCUUGUCACCUCCAUUGAUGGACCUCAUCGCGACUUGGACCGCGCAACAGUCCGGUCGCCUCCCCACCAAGCUUUAAGGGACACCUAAAGAUCAUAAGCUGUUCUUGAUAUUCUCGAAAUUUCAAACACGAGCACCCGGAUUGCACAAAAGCCGCAAAGGCAUGGGUUGGCUAUCUUGGGAAAACAAAAAUGUAAAAUCAACAGUCGUAUCAUAUAGGCUGCAGUAGCAAAAUCUGUGAGCUGCUUUUACGCGUCAUGCUUGCGAGGUCAUUAUCGCCAUCCACCUAAGAGGUGCCACGAGCAGCAAAUUACCAGUGUUGCCUAUCUGUAGUUGUGUUUCCUUCCAAUUCACGGGGAAGGGAAUACUAAUUGUCAUUGGCCAAGUACCUCCGUCAGUCUCUGGGAGCAUUUCAGUUCGCAAUGGGGGCGGUUAGAGUCAGACAGAUCGUUUUUAGCCGUUGAGUAAAUGUCAGCACCAUUCGUAGCACCAGACCUGAAAUGACAAGC